AUGGCACAAAGCGCGCCUAGAAUUUUGCCUAGUGACACAAUUCCAAAUUUGCGAAAUAAUGUCAAUGUAGUGACAAUGAGGAGUGGCAAGGUAAGUGAACAAGUACCACCUAAAGCCAAUCAGAGUGGAAGUACUUCAACUUCAACCCACAGAGGAAAUGAAGCACUAGAACAGAUGCCGGCAUACGCCAAGUUAAUGAAGGAGAUUUUGUUAAAGAAAAGAAAAAUUGGUAGUGAAAUAGUGAUGCUUACCGAAGAGUGCAGUGCUAUUCUACAGAGGAAGUUCUCAGCUAAGCUCAAGAAUCCUCGAAGCUUCUCUAUUUCUUGUGCUAUUGGGGAUAGAACUUUUGGGAAAUCCCUGUGUGAUCUUAGGGCUAGUGUGAAUCUUAUUCCCCUUUCCAUAUAUAAAAGGUUAGGCAUUGGAAGAGUCAAAGACACACAACUAAUGUUACAGUUUACAGAUCAUUCAAUGAAACACCCAUAUGGGGUGGUGGAAGAUGUGUUUGUUGGUCAAAGGAGAUAA